UCUGAAAUGGAAUGCUGUUCCAUGUAACCAUUAAAACCUCCACCAUAGCCUCACUGCUGGAGGGCCGUGGUCGACAGUUGGAUACAGAAAACUGGAUCGACAGACUCAGCAGCUCUCUGUCUCUGAGGCCAUUCUACUAAGAUCUCUGACUUCUUUCCUCAGUUCCAGUGAAAUAGUGUAUGGCAUUUUCCACUUGUUAUCAAAUAAAGCUACCUCACAGCAGAGCAGACACCAGCUGCUUUGAUGAUCUUUAAUCAGGAGCUUCCAGACAUCUCCAACCCUUCCAACUGAGGAGUCUUCCCUCGUACUUCCUGAGGAGACUCAGACAUGGCGACAGACCCUGCGACAGAACUGCCAUUCUUCUACGGCAGCAUCAGUCGCUCGGAGGCUGAGGAGCACCUGAAGCUGGCAGGCAUGGCAGACGGGCUGUUCUUGCUGCGCCAGUGUCUACGGAGCCUGGGCGGCUACGUGAUCUCCCUGAUUUGGGACCUGGACUUCCACCACUACUCUGUGGAGAAACAACUCAAUGGCACCUACUGUAUUGCGGGUGGCAAGCCCCACUGUGGGCCAGCGGAGCUCUGUGAGUUCUACAGUAAGGACUCAGAUGGCCUGGUGUGCAAUCUGAAGAAGCCCUGUCUGCGCUCACCAGACAACCCCAUUAGAGCAGGCGUAUUUGAUAACCUGAGGGACAACAUGCUGAGGGAGUAUGUACGACAGACAUGGAACCUGGAGGGGGAGGCCAUGGAGCAGGCCAUCAUCAGCCAGGCCCCACAGCUGGAGAAGCUGAUCGCCACCACUGCCCAUGAGAGGAUGCCCUGGUACCACGGCAAGAUCCCUCGCCAGGAGGGGGAGAGGCGACUCUAUUCCAGGGCACAGCCAGACGGAAAGUUCCUAGUCAGAGACAGGGAAGAGUCCGGCACCUUUGCCCUUUCUUUGGUGUACGGAAAAACGGCCUACCAUUACCAGAUCCUACAUGACAAAUCAGGGAAGUACUCCAUGCCAGAGGGAACCAAAUUUGACACUGUGUGGCAGCUGGUUGAGUAUCUUAAGAUGAAGCCUGAUGGGCUAGUGACAGUUCUGAGGGAACCAUGUGUGAACCGCAACAAUGCCAAACAGACUCCGGUUGUGCCCUCAGGGAGGUUGUCCAGAACAAAUAGAUACACACCGCCACCUGGAGUACCUCUGGGGGGCUCCACGGAAGUCAACACUUCGCCCCCCACAGACCGUCAGAUGCUGCCCAUGGACUGCAGUGAAUUUGUCAACCCUUACCAUGACCCCAAUGACCUGAAGAAGUUCUUCAUCAAUAGGGAGCAGCUGAUGAUUGAUGAGGUGGAGCUCGGCUCAGGCAACUUUGGCUGUGUCAAGAAAGGAGUCUUCAAGACAAAUAAGGGCCACACGGAUGUGGCCAUCAAGGUGCUGAAGAGUGAGAAUGAGAAGCUGGUGAAAGAUGAGAUGAUGAGGGAGGCGGAGAUCAUGCACCAACUGAGUAACCCUUACAUCGUCCGCAUGCUGGGGCUCUGCCAGGCUGAGUGCCUGAUGCUGGUGAUGGAGAUGGCUUCUGCUGGGCCACUCAACAAGUUCCUCUCCAGCAAUAAGGAUAAGGUCACAGUGGAGAACAUUGUGGGGCUGAUGCACCAGGUGUCUAUGGGAAUGAAAUACCUGGAGGAGAAGAACUUUGUGCACAGAGACCUGGCAGCUCGCAAUGUCCUGCUGGUCAACCAACAGUUCGCCAAGAUCAGUGACUUUGGCCUGUCCAAGGCUUUGGGUGCUGAUGACAACUAUUACAAGGCACGCACUGCAGGAAAAUGGCCGCUGAAGUGGUAUGCUCCAGAAUGCAUGAAUUUCCACAAAUUCUCCAGCAAGAGUGAUGUCUGGAGCUUCGGUGUCACCAUGUGGGAAGCCUUUUCUUUUGGAGGGAAACCAUACAAGAAAAUGAAAGGUCCUGAGGUGAUCAGUUUCAUUGCCAGUGGGAGCCGCAUGGAAUGUCCAUCUGGAUGUCCAGAUAAAAUGUAUGCUCUGAUGAAGGACUGCUGGACAUACAAACACGAGGACCGGCCAGGCUUUGUGAAGGUGGAGGAGCGCAUGCGAGGCUUUUAUUACUCUAUAUCCAACAAAACUCUGCCUGAGGGGACCACAGACGCUGCUGAGCCUCUCAAAUAGUCCAGGGACAAGAUACACUCUGUCCCCGCACCACACAAUGCAUUCUUUGAGACAGACAAUGCGCCUCUUAUGAACUGGGAACAAGCUGACGGCUUCAGAAACAGGCAGCAACAGUAAACAGCUAAACAAGCCUUAUUGACGCAAAUGUGAGUCUGUAAUGAAAGUAAUUCAUAUUAGAACAGCCUUUUUUAUUAGCUCAGGACUGCAUCAUUUGUUGGUUUGAAUGUUUUGGAAGAAACUAAAAAAAAUGGUACAUGUUAGAAUUGUAAAACUGCAUAUUGAAAGUGUAAUUCCCUGAGAAUAUAAUUAGGUCUAGUGUGAAUUCUGUUUCUAUUUAUGUGCUUUAGCUCUCUAUACAUUUGUUAACACGUCAUGAUGAAUAAAACAUGUCACA